CAUUUUCGUGCGUUUUCAUGACUUAGAUGAGAAAAGAAGCUUCGCGAAAAUGGAUGAAAAAUACGACAGCGCAUUAUUAGGCAUAAUCCAACAUGAAGGGAAGAUCGAAAAGUUCCUUAAUGUUGUUUUAAGCUUUCUUUAUAGAAGGACCGAUUUUUACAGAAUUAUGAAGAGUAAGAAUGACAGACUUGGUUUUCCACCAGGGGUAUCUCUGAAGAUGAUUACUAGUAUAUUCCAGCAUUAUGAUGCUUUGACCAGAAAGGAUGAUGAAUUACGAGAAGAGAUGAAACAAGAGACUCAAAAGAAGACAGCAACAGCAGAGCCAGCAUCAACAAGAGUUGAAAGUGCCAAGGCAACACCAGUGCAAAAUGUAGAUUCUAACAAAACUUGUGAUACAAAACAAUCUCAUGCAAGUUUAACACCUUUAAACCCUGUUGGACAAUGUGACGAAGAAAUAGAAGGUACCAAGACAAAUUCUGAGGAUGUAAGAAUGGACAGUAAUGAAACUGCUUCUGAUGGUUUUGUUAAAAAUGAGUCUCAAUCCGAAUCAAUAGCAGCUAGUGAUAGAACAAAAGAAAAGACAUCUGAAGAAAAAGACGAUGAAGCAGAAGAUUCUGAAUUAGCAAAACAGCAGGCAGCGUUUCAAGCCAACCCAGAGAGCUACAAUGGGGCCAUACGUGAUAACUACAGCUGGUCGCAGUCCAUCACUGACCUAGACCUGAGGGUGAAGGUGCCGUCCUUCAUUCGUAAAGGGCGCGAUGUCCAAGUUGACAUUGCAAAAAAGCAUGUGAAGGUCGUACACAAGGACGAUCAAGGUCAGUGGAGAGUUGCUGUCAACGGUGACCUCCCAUGGGAAAUCAACAAAGAGGAAUGCAUGUGGACCCUCAAUCCUGGAGAAAAUAUUCAUAUAAACAUGGAGAAGAAAGAGGAGCGCUGGUGGGACUGCUUUCUAACAGACGAGCCGAAAAUCAAUGUGCGCAAGAUUGACGCAAGCCGACCAAUGACGGACCUCGAUGACGAGGCACAGUCGAAGAUAGAGGAGAUGAUGUACAAUGAUCGACGCAAAAAGAUGGGCCUGCCUACAGCACAGGAGGAGAAAAUGCACGAUGUAUUGAGGAAAGCGUGGGAUGCCGAGGGUUCACCUUUCAAAGGUCAGCCGUUUGACCCUUCCAAACUCUCCAUGGAUCCAAGUGGUGUUGUCAACAUGAAGCCUUAGAAAUUUGUUUUCCUUUCUUAUCUUUCUAUCUUAUUAAUCAUAUAACUAAUUUCAGUUUCAAUACAAUUUUUAUGCCCCCGGUAGGGUGGCAUAUAGCAGUUGAACUGUCCGUCACUCAGUAUGUCAGUCAGUCUGUCCGUCCGAAAAAAACUUUAACAUUGGCCAUAAUUUUUCACUAUUGAAGAUAGCAACUUAUAUUUGGCAUGCAUGUGUAUCUCAUGGAGCUGAACAUUUUGAGUGGUGAAAGGUGAAGGUUAUCCUUCAAGGUCAAAUGUCAAAAAUAUGACGUCUGUCCGUCUGAAAACUUUAACAUUGGCCAUAACUUUUUAAAUAUUGAAGAUAGCAACUUGAUAUUUGGCAUGCAUGUGCAUCUCACGGAGCUGCACAUUUUGAGUGGUAAAAGGUGAAGGUCAUCCUUCAAGGUCAAAUGUCUAAUAUGGUGUCUGUCCGUCCAUCCAAAAUAACAUUGGCCAUAACUUUUUCACUAUUGAAGAUAGCAACUUGAUAUUUGGCAUGCAUGUGUAUCUCAUGGAGCUGAACAUUUUGAGUGGUGAAAGGUGAAGGUCAAUCUUCAAGGUCAAAGGUCAACAAAAAAAUCAAUCAAAGCAGCGUUCUCAUGAAGCUGCACAUUUUGAGUGGUGGAAGUUCAAGGUCAAGGUCAUCCUUCAAGGUCAAAGGUCAAUUUAUUUUUUUUUAAUUCAAAGCGGCGCAAUAGGGGGCAUUGUGUUUCUGAUGAACACAUCUCUUGUUUGAGAAAUACAUUUGUUAAGCACUAACCUCCAUGAUUAGCAAAAUUUUGUAACUCUUAUAAAUUUUCAUUCAAUCUGUUGGGUGCGCUUAAAGUCUAUAACGCUAAAAAUCAACGAAAAUUUCAUUAAGUAUUUCGUAAAAUAAAGUUAACACCUACAGGGUUCGCACAGACCUUGAAAAGUGCUUGAAAAUCAAGGUUUACCUUGAAAAGUGCUUAAAAACGAUCUGGAGUGCUUAAAAGUGCUUAUUUUCAACCAUAGCCUUGAAUAUUUAAUUUCCGUGAGUCGGAAGUCGUAGUUUAUUUCACGAUUUAUGACGGUUCCGAUCUAUUCAUACGGGCAGGUACUGGAUCAGUACGGGUUUUAGCACGUAACUAAGGGAGGCAACUACUACUUAUCGUCCGCCAAUUGGUCUACUUCGGUUUUUGUUGUACGCAUUAUGCCAUUACGGUACUGACAAGUUGAAAUAUGCCAAUAAAUAAGUGCAUUUUUCAGAAAGGGUGGCUUUUGAAGUACCCUUGGGUUGUUGACAAUGCCGAUUUUAAAGUCAAAGCAUAUUGUAAAGAACGCAGAACAGGUAUAGAGAUCGACAGUAUGGGGGAAUCGACGUUGAAAAGCCACCUAAAAUGCAGUUUGUCUGUGAAGCAAAUUCAUUCGGUUAACCCAGUUCAUUCAGACGUACUAUCAACUUGCCAAUAGAGAAUCACAUGCCAAAAAACGUUAAAUAUUGCUGUUAGAAUUGUGGUCUUUUUGCUUUUGUAUAUAUAUGACAAGAUGUAAAAAUAAAUGCUAUUAUAUCAUUUUUCUGUAUUAUUAUUUUGCCGCAGUACACUUCUGAUUUUUUGCAAAAAUGACCAAUGAAAGUACGACAAUGAAAAAAUAUCAUAUGAUCACAAAAACUACAAAAUAAACAGUUUAUAACGCUGUCAUUUUACCAUAUUUCAGUUUUAAAAAGGUUUCAUUGAAAAUAAAUAAACAUUACCCAUAAUGAAAUGAUGUACACGAAAUCACUCACUAUCGCCAAUUAAGGAUCACUGUUUACAGCAUUAUCUCUCCUGUCAAAUCAACAGUUGGAGCAUCUUUUCACAAAUUUGUAAAAUUGUAUAUUUAUCCAAGGGACACACUAUGCAACAAUUGUUUUUGAUUUGAUUAUACUUUUUCAUGAAAUACAUGAUAGUGACCCCCUAUUGGUGUGACCCCCUAUUUGUGAGUUGACUGUACUGCAAAAGACAAAAAAGUUGCACUUGACGGAUUGUCAAAUAAAUUAGAUGAUACUGUGAAGAAACUGCAAUCUGUUUACAUGAGUGCAGACUCUCAGUCUGAACAUACACAGUACACUAUUGCAUCUAAAACAGAUUUUACAUGUACAUGUGUACCUGCUGUAGAAAAUUACUUAAUAAGUAUAAUUUUUACAAGCCUCAAUUAAUACAUGGCUUUUUAUAUUGCCGUUGCGAGAUUCUGUACAUUUGCAGUUUUCUAUUUUUACUUCAGAAUUAAUUUGUAUCAGAUGCAUAAUUGUCUUUAACAUUUUGUAGCAGCUAUAUUAUACCACUGGAAUAUCUGUUAUGAACAUUUAGAAUACAUAAUGAUAUUCAAUACAAAUAACAGGUGUUUUUUUUGGUAUGUGUAAUGCCUUGGUCAAUCACUAUAUCAUAAUGAAAUAUCUUACUUUUGAUUAAACAGUUGUUACUGUAGCAGGGUAGUGCAGACUGUUGAAAUUCACAUAGAAUGUUAGGCAAGAAGAGACCAAUUUAGCGAAAAUAUUGUCAGUAUUGGCCACAGAAUAAUAUACAGUUUUCAGUAGGUCGGACUAAAAGUGCUUGAAUUUGGCUUUUUUCCCUUGAAAAGUGCUUGAAUUUCAUUGGAGAAAAUCUGUAUGAACCCUGACCUAAACAAUCAUUUAUUUGUAUUUAAUAUCAUUAUGUAUUCCUUAAAGCAAUAGCCACAAUUUCAACGCUAGAUGUGGUAUGAUUACAUAGAUUUUUGUAGAUACAAAAUGCUCGUUUUUAUUUCUUUGUGACCACAAUAAAUUCCAUGCUAAUUUCCGGCGAAUAUAUCUAUUCAUGACAAACAAACACUAAAAUGGUACCAUGUUAAAACUAUAAUAAAAACAAGCAUUUUGUAUCCACAAACAUCUUUUUUACCAGACCACAUCUGGUGUUGAAAUUUCGGCAAUUGUCAUAAGGACCAAUGAUUUUUAAUUGUUUAGCUUUAUUUUACGAAAUAUUGUACGAAAUUUUCGUUGAUUUUGAGUAUAAUGUUACUUUAAUUUAAAAAACAUAUUGUCCAUGAAUGCGCAUUCAGUUUGAGCUAAUUAAGUCAACAAUGCGGGGUUUCAAUGGGUAGCAUUUUGUUAUUACAGCUUGUUGCAAAAUAAAAACAGUUGUUUUCGGUUUAUAAUUCUGAAUAAAAGGAUUUCAUUGAUAAUUAAAAAAAAUAAAAUUAUAAUGUGAAUGUAGUCACCUGAAUGUUAGAUGUACUGAAUUAUUUUAAAUAUGCAAAGACAUGUUCAUUAUGUGUUUGAAACCUAGUUCUUAUUCAUUAUAGAUUUAAACUUUAUUCUGUUUCAUUGUAGAUUUGAAGUUCAUUCCUUUUCUUGAUUCUGGGCAUUUUAAGGACUAAAUAUAUUUCAUGCAAUAAAAUUACGUGUAAUAGAAAGCCGAAGGAGCUUGCUGCAUAAAAUAUGAAAACUUUUAUAAAAGUAUUUUCUACAUGUUAAAAUAACUUUAUGCCAGCUCCAUAGUGUGUAAAUUGAAUGUAUUCCAAGCUAUUUGUGUAACAUUUCAAUUUUCUACAUUAUUGAUACAUGUUGGACAAAAGGUUGUUGGUUAGAUCUGUUCAAAUAAAUAUGCCAGUUUUA